AUGGCAAAAAAGGAAUUAAAGAAAUUAAUGUUUUGGUUAUUUCGUAACUAUAGCGCUUAUCCGAAAGAAAUUCCAAUUCAAUAUGGGAAUUCAAUUGUACUUCAAUUCGACACUGAUGAUAAUUUAAAUAACGACGGAGAAGGAUUCAGGAUUGAAUGGAAAUGCGACAAUUACUUUCUAAGACAUUCUAUUCUGUUGCAAAUUUUUAAAACCACAUCCACCAAGUUUCAGACUGCGCAACCAGAAGGGCCUGAUGUCGAGCAUAACGUCGAGCUGUUAAAUGAUUUCAUAGAUAAGAGGGAUUUCAAUGGUUUUAUGCCAGUGAGAAGUAUCAUAAAUAUCGAAUAUCGAAUAUAUCAUGUUAUACCUCCGAUAAGGAGAACGAAUGCUUUAUACAUAUUGAGAGGAAAAUUGUCUGGUCUACUUCGAAAUGCCCUAAGCACAAAUAUUGUAGAAUAG